AUAGUAUUACUGCUCGAAGAUGGAGCUCGAUGGCGCGGUGAAGGCGGCACAUGAGGUGCUUGCGCGCGCCGACGCUGACGCUGCCUAUUGGAUGCAGCAGUACAAGCGUUGUGUCGAGGACAUCCACAACUGGGUGGAGGCUUCACCCCUCGACGAAGAAGAGUCGGCGCCACGCUACCGCCUUCUCCAGCAGACACUUCAGGACACGCGCCACGGCCUCGACUACGCCGUUCGCACAGCUUCCGAUGCGCGACAAGAGCUUGCCAACGCGCGACAAUUCUACCUCGCAGCAAGGACAAUCACUCCGGUGUCAGCUCUACAUGUAGCUCCCGCUUCACCGUCAAUCCCGACAGUUUCAACCGAGUUGAGCCCGGCGCCGUUCCGGAUCCGACCCACCCCUGCAGCUUCCAGCUCUGUACAGCCAGUGCGGACGCUGGAGACUGCUCCACCUGCUGCUGUGCGACGGUCUCUGAGCGUUGGGAGCGACGUUGGGUCUCCUGUCCCGCCGGAGAUACGGAGAUCGACGAUACCUAGUGUUACGGUGAAGCGAGUUGGAAGAGAUACAGUGUAUUUAGUCCCCGCUAAGCGCGCCAGGUAUCCGCGAGCCUUCAAGUGGGACGACAAUUUGAUGCACCAUUUCCCCAAGGAUUUCACGAUCCCCGUGUGUCCCUUGUCGACUAUGUGGGAGUACUGGGUGUGCGGCGAUCCGAUUGCCAAGUACCCACCUUUCCGCAUCCUGGUUGCGCCGGAGCUAGAGGAUGUCAAGACCAGGAGAAUGCUGUCCUCACUGCGCUUUGUGAUGCUCGAGAUCGAGGCACGAGUGCUGGAACACGGUGCAUGGUUGGACAAACCCAGUCCCAGAGAUGCCGCCGCCAUGCUAGAGACAGUGAAAGAGAGCAUUGCAGCUCGUCCCGCCGCAAAGCGAGGCGAACUACACCCCGUUGAGCAGCUUCAGUGGACGUCGCUAGGUCGCAUCCUACGUGACCAAAAGAAAAUGAUCGGUGAGGAUGAAGAAAAUGAAGAAGAAGAAGAGUAACCUAAGCUGUGUAUCGUACACUGUAUGUCGCUUUAAAACCUAUCAGUCGCAACCGUUCAACGCACUCAUGCAUGUUCCCGUAUUGACCGCAGCCGCCGUUGUGUGCCGGGGAUGUCUGAGCGAGCAUGGCGUGGAAUUGCUGUCCCAUGUGGUGACGGGCCUCGACGAGUAUCUGAAUACGUUCUCGAAGAACUGGACAGUGUCCCGAGCCUGCGAAGCCGGAAUUUCUCGACGAGGACUUGAGUACCUUGCUGCUCGAGAUCCAACCUGGGGAGAGGGUUGUAACGCUGCGUACGUCGCAGUGAAGAAGAACUGUCUGCACGUGCUGCAAUGGCUGAACGAAUGCUAUCCUGAUCGCACGUUGUGGGGAAGUCUACAAGGUCGCUGCUUCAUAAACACAGCGGCAGAACGUGGUCACUUUGGAAUCCUCAAGUGGCUUCAUGUUAACCGCAAGGAAGGCUGCACCGUGUUCGCUAUGAGUAUCGUUGCUGCACAUGGACGGUUGGAAAUGGUGCAGUGGCUACAUCAGAAUCGCCGUGAGGGAUGCACGAAGCAGGCGAUGGACGAUGCUGCUGGAAAUGGCCAUUUGGCGGUGGUGGAAUGGCUACAUACCAACCGCGACGAAGGGUGUACUGAAGAUGCUAUGGAUGACGCCGCUGGAAAUGGACAUCUAGAGGUUUUGCGCUUUCUCCACGAGCAUCGCAGUGAAGGAUGCACCAGUACGGCGUUGAAUCUGGCAGCUGCGCAUGGACACUUGGAGGUAGUACAAUGGCUGUGUGCUAAUCGUAAGGAAGGACAAGUUGGUACGGCGUUGCGUGCUGCCACCGAGAACGGACAUGUUGCCGUCGCAGAAUGGCUAUACGAUGAGGUUCGUAGACAGCAACGCCGGAGCGAGUCAACGAUCCGGAACGCUGUGCGUGCAGCAACGGAAGCGGGACAUGGUAACGUGGCUAAGCUACUUGAGCGCAAGUUGAAGCGACAACGGGUUGAGUAGAUAAACGGUUGGUCAAAGGGCAAUACACUUCAGUCAUUUUAAAGUCCUUUCCCAUCAGAGAA